AUGAGCACUCUCAGCCUUGUUGAACAAGCCAAGCGCAGCGCCGCCUUUGCCGCCGUUGACAAGCACGUCACCCCGUCUGUCCGCGUCCUGGGCGUUGGCAGUGGAUCGACCGUCGUCUACGCUGCCGAGCGCCUGCUUGAGCUCAAGAACGAGGGCAAGCUGCACCCCGAGCUGCAGUGCGUGCCUACCAGCUUCCAGUCGAAGCAGCUUAUUAACGAGGCUGGCCUGCGCGCCGCCGACCUGGAUGACUUGGUCGAUGCCGACCCGUCGUCUACCACCUACACUGCCAUCGACGUUACUAUUGAUGGCGCCGACGAGGUCGAUGCUGAGCUGAAUGCCAUCAAGGGCGGCGGUGGCGCGCACCUGCGCGAGAAGCUGGUGGCCAAUGCCUCGGCAAAGCUGGUUCUGAUUGCGGACUACCGCAAGAACUCGCAGGUUCUUGGCCAGAACUGGGACAAGGGCAUUCCAGUUGAGGUCUCGCCUAUCGCCUGGCAGACCAUCAAGCGCCAGCUCGAGCGCCUGGUGCCGCGGUCGCGUGCUCUGGGCGUCCUGGCCACAUCCGAUGCCUUUGAGCUCAACCACCCGGUCGCCACGCUGCGCAAUGCGGUGCGCAAGGCCGGCCCUGUUGUCACGGACAACGGCAACUUCAUUCUGGAUGUCCAUGUCGGUAGGAUUCAUGAUCCGGUUGCGGUUGAGCAGCUGAUUAAGAUGGUUCCUGGCGUCGUCGAGGUUGGCGUGUUCAGCCGGAUGGCAUGCGAAGCGUGGUUCGGCAACGAGGAUGGGUCGGUCAGCAUGCGUAUCCCGCAGUCGGAGACCAAGAAGAAGGACUAG